AUGUCCCCGAGUUUUCAACGUAUCGGUUCCGUGCAUGCUCAUGUACCUCUUUACAAUGCACCUCCGGUUCAUAUUGAGCCGGAACACUUCUCGGACGAUGAAGCGAGUCCCGGAUGUUUCUCAAGGUCAAUCCCCUUCGUCUCAACCCCAUGCUAUAAUUGUGAAGACUUUUCGAGAGUAUCCUCGCUGUUUCGCUUCGAAUCCUUCUCCAAGUUUGGCGUUCUUGUCCAUGUUCUUGCUCCUCCGCUCGAUGAUACUCUCCCUUAUCACCGUGCACCGAUUGAUAUUGUAAUCGUGUUGGAUGUCGGUGGUAGCAUGGCAAGCAAGUCGAUACUUCGAAGCGUCUUAAUCCUACCACUUAGGAGAAUGUCCGAAAGUGGCCGUGAAGAUGCCACAAGUGUCAUCGACUCUCUUUCGCAAUUGGUGGAACUAAUAUUGUUGCGGGACUCAAGAAAGGGGCUCGGGGAGAGAAUGGAAACCGGGGAGUUAUAUGAACGCUCCGGACGUGCAUAUGUUCUCUCAAGAAUGAGUUCUCAUUCAUGGAAAAGGGCUGCAAUUAGGGGUCACUCAAUGUCAAUUUCAUCCGGUGGGAACUCGGAUAUGAGUACUACCACUAGCUAUGAAACACCGUCUAUGACCGAGCAUGGUAUUGAAGUCCCAAAUUCGAACUUUGCACAUGUAGAGUAG